GAUCUCUUAAGGGUUAAACUCACUUCCUGGUACUGCUGGCCUGUUGCUGGGAUACAAAGAAUGCUUGGUUCUGCUGAGUCCUACACGCUCGCUGAGAUUUCAAACAGAAAAGACUGCGGGAAGGUCACCCCACUAUGCCAUUCAUCAAAACACCUCCAAAAGCUCCUCCACGCUCAACACUGCUGGAGAAUAGGUCCAAAAAAUGUGGCCCGCGUGUCACUGUGUACUCUGUCAAUGGAGACGAAUAUACUGGGGAGUGGCUGGACAACAAGAAGCACGGGUGGGGCACGCAGGUGUGGAAGAAGUUAGGCAGCAUUUAUAACGGAGAAUGGAAGUGUGGAAAGCGUGACGGAUACGGCACCUAUAGUGUAGCCAACACAAAGGUGUACGCCAAGAAGUACUGUGGUGAAUGGAGAAAUGGGAUGAAGCACGGGCAUGGUGCAUACUUUUACGAUAACUCUGCAGUGUACGAAGGCGAGUGGAGUGAGGACCGGCGCAGUGGUUGGGGAAGAAUGCUCUUUAACUGUGGAGACGUCUACGAAGGAGAGUGGAUGAAGGAUAAAGAACACGGCCGGGGUGUCCUUCAAUUUGGUAAUGGCUGUUUUUCUGCUUUUCAAUUAUGCAAAAAUGAUUUUUCAGGUGAUGUUCAACAGUAA